GGUUUUCGGUAACGCAGUUUUUCAAAAUCUCUCAUUUUCGUCCCUUCGAGCCAAAUCAAUGGCAAAAAAUUAGCUUUUAGAAUUCCCCAAGAACAAAAACAAAAAAUGUCCGAGAGAAAUUAGGGAAAAACAAAACAAAUAAAAUCUGGGUGUAGGGGAGAGAGAGCUCGUGCUCGUGAUUUUGAUAUCUAUCUCUUCGUUAUCGAUUUUGAACAUCCACAUUGUUCUUAGAUCUGAAGAAAAAAAACACGGGUUCUGUUAUUACGAUUUGCUCGGCGAUUUUGACACCAGGCUUUCAAUUCUUUUCGUUGGAGGUGAUUCGAUUUCAGAUCCAUCGGAUCUAAUCUCGGCGAGUCGAUUCGUGGUCGACAUUUUUCAAAAACUGCUCGCGUGGAUCUGAAGAAGAGACAUUGUUGUCUUUUGUAUAUCGGCACUGAAUUUUUCUGGGAAUCUGUGUAAAGAUGGAUCCAAUAUCAGCGGUUAGCGAAGAGCUGGCUGAGAUCGAAGGACAAAUCAAUGACAUCUUCCGUGCUUUAUCAAAUGGAUUCCAGAAGCUGGAGAAGAUCAAAGAUGCUAAUAGGCAGAGUAGGCAGCUGGAAGAACUCACUGACAAAAUGCGUGACUGUAAGAGCCUUAUUAAAGAUUUCGAUAGGGAAAUCAAAAGCUUGGAAAGCGGUAAUGAUGCCAGCACUAACCGGAUGUUGAACGAUAGACGACAAUCUAUGGUUAAGGAACUCAACUCAUAUGUUGCUCUUAAGAAGAAAUACUCAUCAAACCUAGCAAGCAAUAACAAGCGAGUAGAUCUUUUCGAUGGACCUGGAGAAGAACACAUGGAAGAAAAUGUCUUAUUAGCUUCAAACAUGUCCAAUCAAGAGUUAAUGGAUAAAGGAAACUCAAUGAUGGAUGACACAGAUCAAGCUAUUGAGAGAGGGAAAAAGAUUGUACAAGAAACUAUAAAUGUGGGAACAGAUACUUCAGCAGCUCUCAAGGCUCAGACCGAGCAAAUGAGUAGAGUUGUCAAUGAGCUCGAUUCUAUUCAUUUCUCACUCAAGAAAGCCUCCAAGCUGGUCAAGGAAAUUGGUAGGCAGGUUGCCACUGACAAAUGUAUUAUGGCAUUUCUUUUCCUUAUCGUCAUUGGUGUCAUAGCAAUCAUCAUCGUCAAGAUUGUGAACCCAAACAACAAAGACAUUCGCGACAUACCGGGUGUGGGCCUAGCUCCACCAGCCAUGAACAGACGUCUGCUCUGGAACCAUUACUGAAAAAAAAAUAUCUCAUUUUCACACCAUUCAAAAUACUGGUACGUUGCACACUUUUUUGUCCCAUACACAUCUUGAUCCUCCCCUUAGUCAUGUUGUUGUAGAUGAAACCGCCUCACUUGAGAAAGUAACCAGUUUCGAUUCACAUGGCUCUUGGCUGCUGCACAUUUGAGCAGUCACAGGAAUCAAAUUCCCUUUCGUUAAAAACCCAGGAUCAAAACCAUCUUUUUUAGCUCAUGUGUUUGUAUAAGGAUGACUCUUUUGUGUUCUAUCAUAUGUACGUGUAUUUUUAAAACGUCUUCUCUGUUUCAUGUUCUGGUAAUAAAAACUUGUUUCACUGGUUCAAAGUUGUAACUGAGUUGUAUCAUAUCCGAUAUAUAUUAGUAUAUGACUUCACUCUCAUUAUCAGCGAAAAAAAUUACGGUAAACAGACCAAAAAGU